AUGACCGCGGGGAGCCCCACCAGAGAGGUCUUCGGCCAGGCAGUAGUGUUCGCUGUGGAGGGCGAGUACAUCCUCUUCCUUAAACGACAGGGUUCGAGAUUCAUCGUACUAAGGGAAAAAAGGAGGGAGGAGAUCGGCCCUGAAGACUGGGUCAUGUGA